CUUCACGCGCUUCGUGAGGGCUUCGUCUCAGCUUCAGCUAAAGAGCAAACAGACAACAGCUGUGUUUGCUUGAAGUAUCAACCUUGAAGCUGAAAAUACGGGACUUUAUCGCCACUUGAAAUUCAGUAAUAUCGUUUUAAAAAGUUAUCUGAAACCAUUAAGGAAAUGAAAUAGCUGUCAUUUUACAUAACCACAGAAACGGGCGAGACGCAAAGGAGAAAUAAUAACAACAUCAAAACCCGGCAAACAAAGAGGUCCCCUUUUCAACGGCAUCAUUUUUCCUCCAUAUUCUAUAGUUAUGAGUCAUGUGGCCGUCGAAAAUGCCCACGGUCUAGAACAGCAGCUCGCUGUCCUAGACUUGAGCGCUGCAGACGGACAAGGUGGCGGCAAUAGCAGGCGAUACAUACCACCACAUUUAAGGAACAAAGAUGCUUCCAAAAAUGCAGGAAAUGCCUUUGCUGCUGGGCGACAGGGUGGUUACACCAUCGCGCCUGCAGCCAACUACGGCUGGGACGGCACGCGCAACAACUUUGUCAACGGCUACCACGACAAUCGCAUGACGGGCAACUCAUUUAACCGUGGCCCGCCUCGCAUGGAGCGGGGAAGAGGUGGCGUUGGAGGUGGUUACCGCAACAACAGGGGUGGAGCCUUCAACCCCAUUAACCCAGCACAGCCAAUGGGCUUUGCUGGGUUUGAAAAUAAAGGUUUCUAG